AUGGCCUCUCAAAAGUGCUGCCGCUUCUGUUUUGCGGUAUUGUUAGUGACCGCUGCAGUCACGGUUGGAAUUUAUUACGCUAAAAAAACCUCUGACAAUGACACUGUGGAUACCAAGUACGGUGAUGCCCUCAAAGUGGCAAUGCAAUUCUUUGACGUUCAAAAAUCGGGCAAGCUGGUGAAUAACAAGAUAAAAUGGAGAGGGGAUUCGGGGCUUAAAGAUGGAAAUGAUGUCAACUUGGAUCUGUCGCAAGGCAUGUAUGAUGCAGGGGAUGCAGUCAAAUUCGGUUUUCCCAUGGCGUUUACCGCUACUGUGUUGUCGUGGUCCAUCCUUGAGCGUGGAUCUCGGAUGAGUGCCACCGGUUUGGAUGUGUUGAAGCAGGCUCAAGACUCUCUCAAGUGGAUUACCGACUUCCUUGUCAAUUCUCAUCCUUCUCAGAAUACGCUCUAUGUUCAGGUUGGUGAUGCUGAUAAGGACCAUAAAUGUUGGCGACGGCCCGAAAGCAUAAACGACAAGAAACCACUCUCUCAGGUCAACAAAACUUCUCCUGGAUCAGAUGUUGCUGCUGAGACUGCAGCAGCAUUGGCUGCAGCAUCUAUAGUGUUCAAGAACACUGACUCCACAUAUUCAUCCAACCUUCUCAAGCAUGCUAAACAAUUGUUUGCUUUUGCCGACAAAUACAGAGGAACUUACAGUACCAGCGUUCCCCAAGCCCAGAAAUACUACAAUUCAACAGGAUAUGGGGACGAGCUUUUAUGGGCAUCUAGCUGGCUCUAUCAUGCCACAAAGGAAAGAAAAUAUCUCCAAUAUGUGACUGGCGAAACCGCAAAUGACUAUGCUAAUUGGGGAAAUCCGAGCUGGUUUAGUUGGGACAACAAGCUCCCAGGAAUCCAGGUUUUAUUAUCCAGGGUGUGCUUCUUUGGUGGAGAGGAGGGCUCGGAUACUCAACUUGAGAUGUAUAAGGAAACAGCUGAGAUUGUCAUGUGCGGUCUUCUACCAGACUCCCCAACAGCCACAGAUAGUAGAACAAGAAGUGGUCUUAUAUGGGUGAGUGAAUGGAAUGCACUACAACAUCCUGUUGCGUCUGCAUUUUUGGCUACUCUAUAUAGUGACUACAUGGAAACAUCAGAUAAUACUGAGCUAACAUGUGAAGGAAAAACUUUCAAACCACAAGAUCUUCGGGACUUUGCCAAACUACAGGCUGAUUAUGUUUUAGGUGACAAUCCCAACUCGAUGAGCUAUGUUGUUGGUUAUGGGAAGAAUUUCCCAAAAUAUGUGCACCAUAGAGGGGCAUCAAUCCCCGCUGAUGCAAACACUGGUUGCUCCGAUGGGUUCAAGUGGCUCGAGUCAACUCAACCCAAUCCAAAUGAAGCUGCUGGAGCACUUGUGGGUGGACCUUUUCUCAACGAAACAUAUAUUGAUGAUCGUAACAACUCAAUGCAAGGGGAACCAACCACAUAUAAUACUGCUCUUCUUGUUGGUCUUCUCUCAAGUCUCGUCACUUCCUCUCAGUCUGUAGACAAAUCUUUCCCUUAAAUUAAUUAGUCUUUCAAUUGCUUGGCUCAGAGUUUAUUUAUCUUGUAAUAAACAAUUUUAAUUAAAUUGUUCAAACAAUUAUGAAUUC